AUGGCGGAUAAACUGGGAGCUAUUGGUAAGAACGUAGAUAUACCUUAAAUGAACCGAUUUGUGGGCAUGCCACUCGAUCUUUACUGCAUCAUGAAAUGUCUCUUUAUCAGAUGAAUCCAGCCAAUGGAUGAACAAGAAGGCUGCACUUCAAGCCGAAUGCGUUUUCGAAUGUCUGUACCCAGGAAGAAAUGCCUGCACUCGAAAAUUGAAAUGCGAUAUAUUUCUACCACCCGAGGAUUCGUUUUUCGAAUCCUUCCGGUCGUGCGCCCAGGAGAAGAAGCUAUUCACUAAAUCCGGGCAGAUAUUUGCCUGUGUUUGUGAGUUUCCUAGCACUUACUAAGUAUUGUCCAUUUCUAUUUUUCAGCAAAAUUGAUGGUGACAAGUGAAGGCGAGAUGUUAAGUAAAAGAAAGUUAUAAUUUGGAGCAUCUAGACUUUGUUAUUUAUUAUUAUUUCACGCCCAGUGAUUCACUCUUCUAAUUCACGAUGAACAUGCCAAUUUUCUUUGUCUUUCCAUCUGUUCGCAUCCUAGAAAUAGGUUAUGGGUUGCCUAAAAAAACAGGCAGUCUUCGGGAGUGUGUGUGUGUGCGAGAAGCAUAUUCUAUCGGACGACGCCAUCUGUCCGACCGUCUUUCGAAUACUAUUUCUUCAAAGGUCAUUCGGGAAAAUGAAAAGGAGAUGUGGAUGACUCUAUUUGAGUCACUUACUCUCAAUACCGCAGAGAUCUUGAUGUUUUCAAUCGAGUUCUGUUAGUGACUAGUGAUGAUGUUUUUUCUUCAAAGUAUUUUCAAAGAAUUAAGAACAUUUAAUGCGAUUCACGUGACCUUUCAGUUUUUAAAGACCACGGAGACUAAUCACGUCUGAAAUGUUUACGUGGCCUUACCUCGCCAUCUUUUUUACGAUCUUUUCAUUUUUGACACGGUAGAAAUGGGGACACCGUAUUCACGUGAACUCACCGGAACAAAAUGAAUCUUAAAGAUGCCGGAAGGAAGUUCACUGGAUUCGCGUGACCUCACUGAGUAAGAUAAAGCUUUGUGAACUGGCAAUAAACAAGUGGUCACGUUAGGAAAAACAUUUGACACGUCAAACUUCCGGUAACAUUUUUCGCAUCGUUUGCAACACCUUCUCCGAUUGCCCUAUCCGUUUUUAUCACAAAAAGUAUUUGCGGAACACACCGAAUCCAGUCCUACAUUUUUCGGUCGCUCAUCGAUCAUUCCCCUCUUCCUUUUCUUGCCUUUUCUUCCUCCGAAUCUUCCAUUCUUUUCUAUUCGUUCACAGAAUUGAGGCCGUGUGAUAUGAUAAGCAAUCGAUUGGAAACCUCUUUUUCCUCCUCUUCCAACAUUAUCAUUCAAUCAAAAUUUUUUCCAUCUGUCGCGCCACACUUUACGUGUUAUCAGUGGACACUGAGUGAAUACCUCAACUAUCAUCAACAAGUUCUCAAAAUUGAUUUUCUUUUCUUUUUCAGUAAUCGGCCGGAAAUGACGACCCGCUAUGACUACGCACUUUUAGAGUUCACCGCUAAUUUGUAAGUUACUUCAGUAGAGCGCAUCCGCCUACAUUGAAAAUUUAGCGCAGAAAAGGUCUAUCGCUACCUAAAAACAAAUAUAUUUCGAAAAACGAGAAAAGAGUGUGAACAACUUUCAGAGCAGAAGCCGAGGCGACGUACGGGGAAAAACUUCAAUCCGUCAUAGACACAUUCUCUCAGUCUCGACUAGAUUUACCUCUCAAAAGACUGUCAGAAAUUUCAAAAAUUCAUGGAAGAGCAGCGCAAAAUUUGCGAAAAUUUAUGGACCCCAAGAAAAAUGAGCACUUGAAUCUGUGGAAGCUGUGCAAUAUCUAUUCGUGUUGUGCAGUUGACCUAGAUAAAGCGAUGCGGGAAACGAGAUCAUCGCUUCGAGCCAAAAUGACAGUGGAAGGAGCAGUUGCGGUGAAGCCAAAACGAAGGAACAUAUUCAACUCGAUUCUGAAUUCCAACUCGACACUUGCCAGCAGAAAUGAAAGUACAGUUGCCGCCGAAGGUUCUCAAGAGAAGGAACGCAAGUGGUUCCCGAAGCUCUACGAUAGAAAGGCAGAUCUUCGGACGAGCCGGAAGAUCACAACUUCUUCUCUGGAGCAAAAUGAGAAGGAGGAAAAAGAAAUGACAGGGUCAAAAUCGACUCCGCCCACGCCGCCCGUUAUCAGGGCCCAUGCUCCGCUGACUGUGAGUUCAAAGAAGCGUAGCUAAUCUCAGUUUCUUUUUAUUUUCCAGACAAGUGCAUCCGUGGCUCCAGAGACGCUCAGCAAGCCCCCGAGGCCUCCGCGAGCCACCAUAAUCAUCCCUCCGGAUGUCCCAUCUACCGUACUACCUCCACUCCCUGCCACGUCACCUCCACAAAUGUACGCCACGCCAGUCUACGCGGAUCUCCAGAAGGCGUCGCUAAACAACAAUAAUCGAGUAGGCGGGAUUGUGGAAGAACAUUCGCUGCGUCAUUCGGAUGAUGCUCCUCCCAAGUCAUCAGUAGUCCGAAUUCGAACGGACGUGGAAGUGAAUGUGAACGGAGAAUCGCGAAGGAAUGAGACGAAUGUCAGUGCUUAUGGCAGUCCGUACUUGAACAAGAGCCAUUAUGUGAAUAUACGGCCGCCCAUUGCUCAGAAGCCCAAGAUUAUUCCUCCAGGUUAGUGAUGUCAGUUUAAUGCAAAAAAUUCUUGAUUUCAAUUUUAACAAUACGUGACCUUUGCAUCUCCACGUAAGAUUUGAAAUCGAACGCGACCUCAACCUUCCAUUAGUCUAACUUUUAACGUAUACUUUCCAGAUCGUUCGCCACGUUUCGAAAGUGACGUGGCACCCACGUUUAUCUCGGUCGACUGCCUGCCUUCGAGUGCUCCGGUCCCUUCACCGCGUACUUAUUUUAACUCGGUAUUUCGAAUGAGAGCAUUCCAACCUAGCUAAGUUCAUUUCUCUUUUCAGAGUGACAUUCCCUCAUCGCAACGCUCUUCUUCGUCUGCCUAUUCCUCCAAUUUCUCGUCGACUUCUUCCUCCUCAAAUGUCAAUGUGACCUCUUUUGCCGUGGCGGACAAUAGUCUAAGUUCUGAAAUAAUCGAAAAUGCUCGAAUUGUUCGCGUCGCCUCCCCGGACGGCCUGCUUCAUAGAUUCUGA